AUGGACGGAGCUGGGAAAGUAGGCGGAAAGGUUGGAGGAAAGGUCGGAGGCAAAGUCGGUGGUAUGGGGAAGGGAGGAAAAGGCAAGAGUGGAAGCGGCAAAGGCAAGAAAGCCCCCCUUUCGCGUGCGGCUAGAGCCGGUCUUCAGUUUCCCGUCGGUCGUGUUCACCGUAUGCUGAAGAGCCGCAUCAGCUCUGAAGGUCGUGUCGGCUCCACCGCCGCGGUGUACGCCUCCGCCAUCCUGGAGUACUUGACUGCCGAAGUUCUUGAGUUGGCGGGAAACGCCAGCAAGGAUCUGAAAGUGAAAAGAAUUACUCCGCGUCACUUGCAGCUCGCCAUCAGAGGUGACGAAGAACUGGAUACUCUGAUCAAGGCGACGAUUGCGGGAGGUGGUGUCAUUCCUCACAUUCACAAGUCGCUGAUGACUAAGGGUCCGUCGACGCAGCCGAUGAAGAAGGCGAAGAAAUAA